UUCUUUCUCUCCACCCACAUUAUAUCCCCUCUCGCUCUAUUUCUUACACGCCUAUCUUUAAGUUUCUGUAUCCCCAUCUCUUGUUUAAAAAAGUGCCACCACUAACACCUGCCUCGUUGGGUCUGUCUCUUGAAACCAUAAUUCAAUUCAUUUUAUAGCAACACAUUGAUCCAGUCAUUAAUAAAUCAAUGUAUGGAUCACCUCCAAUUGAAAGGAAAGAAACUGGAUCUCCACCGCAGCAGUUUUACCUUGGAUUGAGCAAAGAUUUCUUCAACUUUUCUGAGAACUAUUUGAAGAGACAUGACUACUAACUAUCCAGAAAUCAAAGACCAAACCACUUCCACCUUCGUCGUCUUGACUGUCUUCUUCAUCCUGGUCACCCUCGUUGCCCUCCUGGUCGUCCUGUACAUGUGGCUAAAUCGCCAGACUAAUGGCCAGUACACAGUCCACCAACUGGUCCUUGGGGAGGGUGGGGCCAGGGACCGGGUGAGGGGCGGGGUCCAAGACCUGGAGGUGUGGUUCAGGCGUCGCUUUUGGCCUCUCAGUGAGGAUGUGGAGACUGUAGGAGAGGAGGAACCGAGAGACGAAGAGGAGGAUGUAGAGAGAGUGAGUGAGGGAGGGGAAAGCGAGGGGGAGGGGAAGAAGGAGGAGGGGGAUGAGAGGGAGGACCGAGUGGACGACUCUUCGGAUGACAACUCCAGUGCGGAGGGCUGUGGCCUGACGGAGAGAGUGAAGGUCAUGGACGCGAAGAAGGAGAGGAGAGAGUGUGAGGGGAAGAGAGAGGAGAAUAUGGAGGAAAAGGGGGAUAGCAAAGGUGAUGAGGGAGCAGUGGGAGGAGAAGAAAGUGGACGGGGAGGUUUGCUGAUACACCUGCAUCAGUGCUCUGGUAGUGCUAUCUGGUCUGAAGAUUAUGAGGGAGGCAAAGACAACAAUGAUGUGACUGCAUUGUGAGGAAAGGAUCAGAAAGGGGAAAGAGUUCCAUAAUACAUUUUUGUACAGUAAUAGCGCUUGACAGAACAUUGGCUACUUGUCAUCAUCACCAUCAUUGUCAUAAUUGUCAUAAUUGUAAACCUUACAAACCAGUGUUAUAACAAUCAAGGCAGAGAGCAACAGAGAGUGUACUAAAUCAAUCCAAUUAUCAAAGUGACUGACAAGAGCAACAAUUGCAGCUUGAAUACAUGAAGCUAUAUUAAUGUAUUUUAGAUAUAAAAUGUAAUUUUUAAACGGUUUCAAAGUUUCAUGGGUUUCGAAGUUUUGGGGUUUGCACUGUUGCUAUGAGAUGAUUUGUAUUGUAAAUAUUUGUGUUCUGUAUAUUUUAUGAAUUUAAUGGCUAUUUAGAUAGACCUGCCCAACCUUCUUCCUGGAGAUCUACUGUCCUGUAGGUUUUCAGUCCAACCCUAAUUUAGCAUAUCUGAUUCAGCUAGUUAAGGUAUUGUUGAGCAGCUAAUUAGUAGAAUCAGGUGUGUUAAAUUAGGGUUGGACUGAAAACCCACAGGACGGUAGAUCUCCAGGAAGAGGGUUGGGCAGGUCUAUCUAAAUAGCCAUUAAAUUCAGCCCUGGCCUAUGGCUUGACUUUGUGCUAUACUGUUUCAUGUCUUUUGUGCAUGAUGUUUAUUUUCAGAGAAAUACAUGUGGUGAAUUGGAGCCUCUGCCACAGUCAGAGAGCCGUAGGCCAACCAUUUAAUUGAUUUGCAUGUGACAAUUUUAUUAUUUUUAUUAUCUGAUACAACUUAAAGGCCCAGUGCAGUCAAAAUGAUGUUUUGCUUGUGUUUUGUAUCAUGUUAUACAGCAACUGAUGAAACAAACACUAUAAAAGUGUGAAAAGAUUUGAUCAGUGUUAUUCCUGAUAGUUGCGGGUUGAAAAUACAAUCUACACAGGGCCUUUACAUUUUUAUUUUUGAUGAGAGACUGUUACAGAGGAGUGUAAAUGUUUUUUUUAGGCUGGAACAUGUUGUUGAAUUGUAUUGUUGUAUGUUAUAAUUCUGUAAUGUAUUGAUUGUUGCUGCCUUUUUGGCCAGGUCUCCAUUGAAAAAGAGGGUCUUAAUGUGCUUUUCCUGGUUAAAUAAAGGUUGAAAACAUUUUUAAAAUCA